GUCACGUUUGGCGCUGAUUUUUCUGUUGCUGGCCUCUGGUCAGUUUGGUAUUUUCCCGGAACUCAUAAAGCAACCGUAAUGGCAGACUGUAAACUGAACCCAGAUCUGUAAACGGAAGCGGAAGCUGCUGUAGACUAUACGCGCGUUUGUCUAAAUUGUUGGCGCCAGCAACACAAUUCACCAACGACUGUCAGUGGAAGGACGUUACAGUUAUUUGUGAAUAUACUUUUCUCUUAUUUGUGGUUCAGUCACUUGUGUUCAGACAUGACAAAGCUCACAGAAGGUGCGAUAGAGGCCCUGUCAAAUGGAUCAGGUGCUAACGACGUAGUGCUUCAGUUAGUGAACAUUCGCAAGAUUGAUGGGGGAAACGGUCCCGCUCGCUUCCGGGUGAUGAUGAGUGAUGGACGACACACACUGUCGUCCUUCAUGCUCUCCACCCAGCUGAACAGCCUCGCAGAAGAGAGCAAGCUUGCCCCAAACUGCAUCUGCAUUUUGAAAAAGCAUGUGACCAACAUACUGAAGGAUGGUCGACGGGUGGUGAUUAUUUUGGAAAUUGAAGUGAUCAAGUCCGCUGAUGAGGUUGGUGGCAGGAUUGGUGACCCUGUUUCUUACGUUGAUGGUCAGAGCAAAGGCCCACAGUCGGCAUCAAACCCUGAAAGCCGCCCCCCACUGCAAGCUCAAAAUAGAAAUGAAGUAAACAGAGGUUUCAAUAGAGACUUUGGAAAAAAGGCCCCAUCUGCUAUGCCCAGUACACCAGGGGGCACCUCCAAAGUGGUGCCCAUCGCUAGCCUCAACCCCUACCAGUCAAAGUGGACCAUCCGGGCUCGUGUAACCAACAAAAGCUCGAUUCGUACGUGGAGCAACUCUCGCGGUGAUGGCAAACUCUUCUCCAUGGAGCUUGUAGAUGAGAGUGGAGAGAUUCGCGUGACUGGUUUCAACCAAGAAGUGGACAAGUUUUACAGCCUGGUUGAGGUUGGCAAGGUCUAUUAUGUCACCAAGGGCUCCUUGAAGAUCGCCAAUAAGCAGUACACCACUGUGAAGAAUGACUACGAGAUGACACUCAAUGGAGAGUCCACAGUCAUCCCCUGUGAGGACAGCUGUGAUGUUCCCAUGGUGCAGUGUGACUUUGUCUCUAUUGGGGAUUUGGAGAACAGAGACAAAGAUGCAAUUCUCGAUGUAAUUGGAGUGUGCAAGAGUGUGGAAGACGUCACCCGCCUCACAACAAAGACGAACAGAGAAGUGUCCAAGAGAACCCUGAAUUUGAUGGACAUGUCCGGGAAGAUGGUGACUGUCACCCUUUGGGGAGAGGAAGCAGAGAAGUUUGAUGGCUCAGGCCAGCCCAUUGUGGCCAUUAAGGGAGCGAAGCUUUCAGACUUUGGAGGCCGGUCCCUCUCCGCUUCAUUCACAAGCACCCUGAUGAUCAACCCAGACAUCCCUGAGGCAUAUAAGCUCAGAGGCUGGUAUGACAAGGAGGGCCAUGCCAUGGACGGGCAGUCUCUGACUGAGGUGAAAGGUGGCGGUGGAGGAGGAAACACCAACUGGAAGACUUUGUCUGAUGUUAAGAAUGAGCAUCUGGGACAUGGAGACAAGGCAGACUACUAUACUUGCAUCGCUACUAUUGUGUACCUGCGUAAGGAGAACUGCCUUUACCAGGCCUGCCCGAGCCAAGACUGCAACAAGAAAGUGCUGGACCAACAAAAUGGCAUGUUUCGCUGCGAGAAGUGUGACAAAGAGUUCCCUAACUUCAAGUACCGCCUCAUCCUUUCUGCCAAUAUUGCAGAUCACGGGGACAACCAAUGGGUGACUUGCUUCCAGGAGAGUGCAGAGGCCAUCCUGGGCCAGAAUGCAGCUUACCUGGGCCAGCUGAAGGACUCGAACGAGGCUGCCUUUGAUGAAGUCUUCCAACAAGCCAACUUCAACACCUUUGUGUUCCGCAACAGAGUGAAGCUAGAAACAUAUAAUGACGAGUCCAGGAUCAAGGCCACGGUGUAUGAAGUGAAGCCCGUCGACCAUAAGGACUACAGCAAGAGGUUGAUCAUGGCCAUAAGGAAGCUGGCUGCCCAGUAGAAGCUCUGUUCUGGGUUUGCUCUAUUUUUUUUGUUUUUGUUUGUUUGUUGUUUUUUUUUUUUUACAAGUUUAUAUCUGUAAAGCCAGCAAACAGUCUUGUAUAUUAUAGUUUUUCGCUUUUGCAGCAUCAGUUUAGUUUUCUUUACCUUCCUGUGAAUGAGUAGUGCUACUAAUAGAGUGACUGCUCACCUGUCAUUUUUGUCAGUGAUUCUGUAAACUGGCUUUUUUUGCAGCAAGCAUAAAACAUGAUUUUUUGUCCUUGUUUUGCAUGAAGCAGAACAAAGUAAGUCAGUCACACACAAAAAAAAAAGAUCCGUGUGUCUUUAAGUUAAGUUGGUCUUCCGUGUACUGUGAUCAUGUGGGGGUUUGGUGGUUGCAUUAAGCAGAAGACCAGCACAGCAGCUCACACUGUUCACCGUCUGAUGCGCAGUCAUUCUGACUGGGCUGAAGCUGCACAUCCCUGAUAAGGACGUUUACUUUCCCACUCUCGUUUCCGACUACUCUCGCACACUUGCAGGUAUAAACGCACGCACAGUGCGGCUCAAGUGGAGAAAUGCGCUGCAUUAUUUACAGUGCAUGUGAGGAGUUGUCCAGAGAUCUGUAUUCUCGUGUGUAGUUGCUUUUUGUGUUAUAAAUAUGACAAUAAAGAUUUAUUAUGA